UUAGCAUGUCAAUGAGUGGACGACAACGUGGUACGGUACGCAAGCUUGAAAAUUAGGAGAAAGACACACUCAAAUUAGAUAACCUAGCAAAAUAUCGAAAUGUAAUGUAAUGCAACACAGAGAGUCGGUCAACACACAAUGAACGCAUAGCCCGGUUGAUUACGUAUUUCAAAGAUUGCUAAGUUAGAAUUUAAGUGUGAAAAUUCCAAAGAGAGGACACAGGCAGAGCGAGAAAACAAAAAACCCAGAGAGAGAGAAAAAAGAUAAUCUUUGCGAAGAGGUCACGACGCUGGUGCCGCACGGUUCGCUACGCAGUAGCACUGUCUUAACACAUUCCACAUUUGUUUUGUCUCGUGCGCACGUGCGGUGCCUGUGCGUCAUACAGGAAGACGGCUGUCUAAGGAGUUUACAAAGGACGCAGCAUGGAGGGCAACGAUAGUGAAACCCUCGGUAGAAAUUGGGACGGCACUUUCCCCACACUCCCCCCCGCCUUCGACAUAAAGAGCAUCUUGGGCAGUCUUUACGAGAGUGAGGGGAAGCCGGAACAAGGUCACCGUCAAUCUAGGCAGGGCCAGGGGCCGUCACACCGUGGCCAGGGUCAGCCGGGCAAAGGUCGGGGACAAGUGAGGCCGUUCCAGAAGAUAUUGGCUCACGGGUGCAGCCAGACGGGACAAGAUGAAGGUCAGUCUGGGAAAAUCCAGGGGCCAUCGAAUGAAGGUUUGGGUAGCAAAGGGCAGCAGGGUCGGUCGGGAGAAGCCAACGGAGAGGCAAUUAAAGGACAUGAGCAGCCGGGGCAGGGGACAGAUCGCAACGGAACAAAAACAACCCAAUUGGGUCUAGCUCAGACUCGGCCAAAAGAGGGUCAACGUCAACCCGGGCCGAGCCCGGGACUGUCAGGUGACGUGCGUGUUCUGGUGGGGCAAGGCCGAGGUCUACCUCGUCAGGGCCUGAGUCAGCCAAGGCAAUCUCGCUGUCCGCUGGGCAAAGUCCAGCUGCAGUUAGGUCACACUUUGGGUCGACAGGGACAAGGUCAAGUGGGUCGUGGAAGGGAUCAACGCGGACAAGGCAGCGGUGAAACUGGGCAGGUGCAGCAAGGUCAAGCUCAGAGGACACUAUUUGAAGCUCAAGCAACGACCAGUGAACAGCAUCAACCUUCGCAGAGCGCGCUGCCGCCUGAUGGGCGAAAGAUUCAAGAUCACCUGACGGAAAUGUUCAACUCUAUGCACUGUCAAUUGUUCAAGUUGAACAUUUGUAACGUCAGAGUUGACUGUGAUGUCGACAAAAAGGAGACUACGAUGAGAGUUGCCCAGGAGACAAUCGACGCUUUGCAGACCUCAACUCGAGAGAAACAGCUUGAAAAGGAACAACUCGCCGUUCAACUCAAAGACGCGACUAACAGCACACAAGAAUUAACGGCGGAAAUCACCGCCACCAGGGAAAUGUGCGACGGUCUGCAGGUCCAAUUCUCUUCGGCGCAACAAACACUAACGAAAGCUGAAGCAAAUCAGGAAGAAAUGAAAGAAUUCCGUUUGUCAGUGAAAGCAGAAAUGAAGACAUUUGCAGUGACUUUGAGUGAUUUAAAUUCAAAGUUUCAAAAUGACAAGAACAUCGCGUUGGCCAAAGUGGAAGCAGCCGUGCAGGAGAUGGGAAGAGCUCAGGAGGACUUCACAAACAAGUCGGCGAUUAUAGAAAGCCAGGUCAAAGAAAAAUCAGAGCUUUUAGAGUCAAAAAAUGAAGAACUCAAAACGACCUCUCAAAAGCUGCAAGAUUCCAUUGAAAACUGUGUUGGACUCGAAGAAAUAACGGGCGACUUUCAAUCACGACUUGAGGAAACACAGGAAGGAAUCAAAACCCUCAAGUUGGAAAUAAAUCGACGUCACGAAUUUGAAAGCGGACUGCGGGCCGAGAUACAAAACACGGAGAGAAGUUAUGCGGAGAAGGAGCGAGAGCACGCCGCGCGCGCGACAGAGCUGCGGCGAUCGUGUGACGGGCUGCACCACAAACUUUUGGACCUGAAAGUUAUUUUUCUCAACCGAAAGAAGGAAAAUCACGAGUUGACACAAGCAGCCUGCCAGAGGUGCAGCGAUGAAGCAGAGAUUCGUCGCAGGUUUGAAGCGAAUAUUCGUGAAAUAAGCACAGAAAUCGAUAAUGUGACGAUUGAAAGUGACGGUAACCAUGCGGAGCACAAGGUCGCGCUGGAAUCUUUGGACAGGUUCGAACAAGAGAGAGCUUCAUUCCAAGAAACCACCCGUCAGCUGGAACAGCAGAUGGCCGCCACGAGAACGCUGAUGAACGAAAGCGAGAGUGAACUCAACGGAAUGAAAGCAAAAGAUUGUGCCUUGAAGAAUGACCUUAAAGACGCCUUGAAGGCAGUGAAGCUUCUGGAAUCAGAACUGUGUCAACAGAGAACAUGCAACCUUGACAUCAGCAACAAGAUUGGGACGCCGCUUUUGGAGAACGAGGAGCUGACUGGACUGUUCAAUCACAUGACGAGUCAAAGAGAUGAACUUAACAACAUCAUUGAGGCAACAAAACGCAACGAAGAUUCGCUGCAGUUCAAAGUUCACGAGUUGGAAUCGAAGAAUAGAAACCGACAGGACGAGUUGGAAUCUGUCAAAGCGCAUCACCAGGCACAGCUCGGAGCCUACGUACAGACAUGCACAAACUUGGUUCGCGAGCUGGGCAAGCGACGGGAGGUACUCUGCGAGAAGGUCGGCUGCUAUGAAAACAAGUACAAGGAUUUGGGGUCUGAAGUCGACUCGCUAAAGCGACAGGGCGAACAAGCACGCAGCCACGAGAGCGCCGAGUUAGCGGACUACAUGGAGCAGAUCAGACGCCUGGAGGAGGCACAAUCCCGCAGGAUUGCAGCCGAGAUUGAGAACGUGAAAAGCGGUGUAGAGCGAGCGACACAGCUGAAGAUCACAGAAAUGAGUGCAUUGGUGGAAGAGUACAAGUGCGACUGUGACCAGCAGCUGGAAGAUAAAGGCAACGACUGUUCUUCUCUCGAACGAAAAUAUCAAGAUGCGCUUGAAAAUCUGUAUACGGUGAACGAGGCUCAAUGUGAUGAAAUGAGAGCAGAAAUGGAAAAGUUGAAAGAAGCAUUGAAGCAGAAGACUCCACCUUGGCUCGCACCGGUAACAGUGGCCAAGUCGCCUUACAAGGGCGGCAUUCUCAAGCCCCUCGCCACGGGGGAAGUCGUGAAGAGAAGGGGAAAGGUUUGGUAUCUGUCCGACUCCGAGGGCUCAGAGGGCUCAGAGAUCAUGGAUUUUACGGUUCGCGAGCUGGGCAAGCGACGGGAGGCACUCUGCGAGAAGGUCGGCUGCUAUGAAAACAAGUACAAGGAUUUGGGGUCUGAAGUCGACUCGCUAAAGCAACAGGGCGAACAAGCACGCAGCCACGAGAGCGCCGAGUUAGAGGACUACAUGGAGCAGAUCAGACACCUGGAGGAGGCACAAUCCCGCAGGAUUGCAGCCGAGAUUGAGAACGUGAAAAGCGGUGUAGAGCGAGCGACACAGCUGAAGAUCACAGAAAUGAGUGCAUUGGUGGAAGAGUACAAGUGCGACUGUGACCAGCAGCUGGAAGAUAAAGGCAACGACUGUUCUUCUCUCGAACGAAAAUAUCAAGAUGCGCUUGAAAAUCUGUAUACGGUGAACGAGGCUCAAUGUGAUGAAAUGAGAGCAGAAAUGGAAAAGUUGAAAGAAGCAUUGAAGCAGAAGACUCCACCUUGGCUCGCACCGGUAACAGUGGCCAAGUCGCCUUACAAGGGCGGCAUUCUCAAGCCCCUCGCCACGGGGGAAGUCGUGAAGAGAAGGGGAAAGGUUUGGUAUCUGUCCGACUCCGAGGGCUCAGAGGGCUCAGAGAUCAUGGAUUUUACGACGCUGUCGCCUCGACAGACCUGGUCUUCACCUGAGGACAGCUACUUGCGUUGUGGCCGAAACGUCACUCCACCUUGGCUCGCACCGGUAACAGUGGCCAAGUCGCCUUACAAGGGCGGCAUUCUCAAGCCCCUCGCCACGGGGGAAGUCGUGAAGAGAAGGCGAAAGGUCUUGCAUCUGUCCGACUCCGAUGGCUCGGACGUCAUGGAUUUCAUAGUCGAUGAAGAGCUGCUAGCAAGUGUGUCGGGCGUGAUGACGUCCAAGCGAACUGAACAGGCGGGGGCAGCGGGCAAGAUGAGAUCUGGCAUCGUUCUCACGACGCGUGACGAGGUGAUGCUGCCAGCGGUGCAGACGACUCCACCUUGGCUCGCUCCGGUGACAGUGGCCAAGUCGCCUUACAAGGGCGGCAUUCUCAAGCCCCUCGCCACGGGGGAAGUCGUGAAGAGAAGGCGAAAGGUCUUGCAUCUGUCCGACUCGGAGGGCUCGGACGUCAUGGAUUUCAUGGUCGAUGAAGAGCUGCUAGCAAGUGUGUCGGGCGUGAUGACGUCCAAGCGAACUGAACAGGCGGGGGCAGCGGGCAAGAUGAGAUCUGGCAUCGUUCUCCCGACGCGUGACGAGGUGAAGCUGCCAGCGGUGCAGACGGCGAUUGAGAUCUCCGCGUUGACAGGAGAGGUCGAACAAGAGAUGAUGGCCUCUGCAUCGCCUUCGAUCAAGCUUCCUGCAAAACAGCGAUACUCACCCUUUGACUGGUUUGACAGUCCAGAUGUCGACACCACUUCUGAAUCUGAGGAUUAAAAAAGAAUCGGAGUUUUUCUUGAGCGACGUUGUUUUACGCUCCAAUGUUCUUGGUGAAAUGAGUAGCCAGGGUGGAGACUUUUAGCCACCGCAGUUCAAAUGUUUUGGGUGUUCAGUUUGAAGUCGCUGCUUUUCAACAAAAACAACAACACUGGUUAACAAAAAAACAACAUGUUUUUCUGGCCUGGACUUUUGCAGCUGUUCUAGACUAAUUUCAGGGUGCUGAUUCCAAAUCUGAUCUCAGAUUUGCUCUAUCACAUCUCAUUUUUAAAUCCUUUAUAUUAAGUUCGCUUGCUUGCUUGCUUACGACUGUGCAAAUCUUUCGGUCGUUUUUUAACCCACUUCCCGUGAUCCAAUCGAGCUGACAUUUUGCACACAGACUCGUUGUGCUUGACAAUUAAUGUUCGUGAAAAAAAAAUCCAAAAUUUUACACUGUUUAGGGAAAACAAAUACAAUAUUUAAUUACCAAUUGCUUAAUACUGGCAGACAAUCAUCUGACCCAUAGGUGGCAGCCAUCUCAAGCCAGAGGACGAGAGGACUCUAGCCGCCACGCAUAUAAAGGAUUUAUAGUGAAAAACUUUGUUUUUACGGGUUAUACUUGUUAUGCUAUCGGCAUACCCCAUUUUCAUUAAUUUUACCCGAAAUUAACUCUGUCACUUAUGAUUGCAAGUUGUUGCGAGUCAGUGACUGCUUUAGUGUUAAAAGACGGUGCUGUGUUUUUAGGAUAGUGUGUUUAUAAUAUCAUUUUAUGUAGAUAUCCACAUCUAUUUAAUAUUUUUCUUCCGCAGUUUUUAUUGAAAAUGCAAUAUUUGAUAUGUCAAAAACCUGACGCGAUAGACAAAAACUGAUGCCAGAUUUGUAAUCGGCACCCCACAAAAUUACCUUAAAGCCGUUGUAAUACCUCAUGCCAGACAAAGUGUGUGGACCAGUGUAAGUUUGGAGGUUGGCCACAUAUUUGAAACCACAGUUGGGGUUGACAGCAGCAUGAUGAUUGGGGGGGGUGGAGGUGUUUUCACAUUUGUGUAUUGUCAGGGGGGGGAGCGCAUGUUAGGAAGCCGCGCUAAAGGCCCAUCGGGGGCUGCCAGAGCCUUGCAAUGAAGAAUGAACUGUGCUGAGGUGAAGGUUUGAAGGCUGUGACAUUCAAGCGGUGAAAAAACCCAACCUGGGUCAUUCCGAGUUGGCAAAACGUGGUUCGCGUCAGCGGCAAUUUCGAUUGAAUGGAAAUAAUAAAAUUAUAAAAAUUAAACAUAAUAAAAUUUCGAUUUAAAGCUUUCGUGACUGCAGGGAUUCAUCUUCUUGGUUCUUUCGGUAAAGUCACGUA